UCCUCUCGCGCGCGCAUCCUGGAAUCGAUCUUGGCCAGGCGGCAACCUGAUCGAUGGCCGAUCCUCCACAUCAUUCACUCAUCAUCCGACCGAACUGUGCAUAGCGCAAGAACUGGACGGUCACCCGACGCGGAAAAAGUAUAGGACAUACACUUUGAUGAGGGGUUGGGAAGUAUCACUGAGCGCCUCGCCAAUAUCCAGCGAAAGGGUGGGUUUGGUGGCGUUCUUUCUAACACGCUGUACUCGGGGUUCCUGAAAGCGCACCAUGACAUUGAAAGGGAAGUGCCAAACAUGUCGAGCCCGUAAAGUCAAGUGUGACGAGAGGAAACCCAAGUGCUCGGCUUGUUCGAAAGGAAAUCGAGAAUGUACCUACAACGCUGGUACCCCCGCCGCAUUUGUAGUUGAAGAUCCCACCAGAUAUAGCAAACAUGGGAAAGCGCAGGUCGCACCCCGCGUAUAUCCUCUCCCGUUACAUAGCGGGCCUAGCUCCGGAAGACUAGAAGAAAUAAUAUCGAGCUCUGAAGUUCCCGCGAAAGAUUCGCCAGAAGCAACAGGAGCGGUAUAUCGAGUGACCUCUGAAAGACAUACAGGCGGCGGUGGCAUGUUCAGAACACUCGCGGUCAUUAGCAAAGAGCGGGCUAACGACAAGCGGAUGUAUUCCCAUCAGCAAAGAAGACGCUUGCAACUGCAUCUACAGUACCUGAAACGAACUGCGACCUCCAUCCCUUAUCAAGCAAUCUCCCCAGAGACGCAGCUUGUGAAACGAUACAUAUCCGUGCUAGAUGGCCGACCUCUCGAAACACAGCCCCUUGCUAUACUGGGCACCUGGAUAGAAUCCAUACCGGCUCGCAUUGGGUGCAGUCCACACGUGGAUCUCGCUGUGGAGUUUCUGGCAGACAGUCUAAGGUUUUUUCGCGAGAAAAACUUCAGUAAUAGGAAGGUAGCUCUUCGCGCAAAAGCAAAGGCGUUAAAAUCGUUGCAGCUGGCGGUGGAUCAAUGCAGAACACGGCAAACAUAUGACACGGCCAUUGCCAUGAAAAUACACUUUGCCGCGGAGGUGUUCAUGGGAAUCACGGAUUUCUUCCACGCGAUACACACAGUAGCUUUAGGCGAGCUCUUGAGAGUAGGCCCGCUGGCCGAUCCCGACGAAGAACAUGCUUGGAGUCUCAUUGACAACACGUAUGGAGAAGAUGUUUCUGAGGCUCUGGUUGCUAGCCGAUCCUCCAUAUACGAUAAUGAAUACUGGAUCAAUGCCACAAGACCAGCCGCCAUUCCCCACCACGCUUCGCUCCUGCAAAGAGCCUCAAUGAGCAUCAUGCACCUCGCCAUCCGAUUGCCUAGACUGGUCUGUCUUGUACGCUAUAUCGUGGAACACCCAGAGGAGACGGACCUUGUAGCUCUGGCCUUUGACCUUGCAGCAACCUUGUGGUCAGUGGAUCCUGUUGACGAAUUGAACAGACUAUUUGAUGCAUCAAUCACACGGCGCCCGAUUCCUCCUGACCAAGAGAUUGCGGAUAUCGUAUCUGAUACCAUCUACUUCGACUCUGUUGUUACUGCUGUGCAAGCAAGCCGCUACUGGUCCACCAUGAUCUCUCUCUGUGGUGUAACAGAGACUCUAUACAUCAACUUUCCAGAAUUUUACGCAGAAUACGCACUUCCAAACAUCACUGGAGUAUAUCACAGGGACGAGGAGAGCGCUUCAGGCCUUGCACGCUGCAUACCGUACGCGUUAUCGAUUGACCCGGCACUGCCAAUACUGCCACUGCGAAUUUACACCACCCUCAAUAUUGCUGCUGGCACCUGGCAUCGGCUCGCCAAACGUCUCAAAGUACGCCAAGAAUCAGGGGAAGCGGAUAAUGCCGAGAUCAUCAAAAGGUUAGAGCAGGCGGAGCGUAUGAUCGACUGGACUGUAGCGGUCUGCAAUGAUACGCACGAUCUCUGGAAAGUGCAACGCAUCGGCAAAGAACUACUGCUCGCUGCAGUGGAAGACAUGGCUGGUGGGCCCGUUCAUCAUUGGCUUCCUCGGGCUGUUUCCUUUGAGGCUGAAGACGGCGAGAUGGUCAUGAAGCUCAAAUAUGGAAUUCCUUUACCUUCCGUCAAGGAAGAUGGGGAUCCUCAUGUUUGGAAUAGGUCUACGACAACAAGAUCGCCUUUCGAAAAGAAUAAGGAUAUGGGGCCGAGGAUACCGCCUUCUCUUUUGAAUAAACCCGUACGCUUUGAGGACAAUGGACCGCAGCCCAUACAGGAGGUUACAGCUGAUGAAAGUUCGGGUCGCGUUCCUUCGCUGGAUUGCCCUAAUGCUGGCGCGUCUUGA